AUGGUCACCAUCGCACUGGCCCUCACAGCUCUAGCUGUCUUACCUCAAGCAGCUCAGGCUUUGUACGAAAACGGUUCUAUCAUUGCCCCAUGUGACUCGCCGAUCUACUGCCAUGGCGAAAUUCUGAAGGAGAUUGAGUUGGCUAGGCCAUUCUCCGACUCAAAGACGUUUGUAGACAUGCCUGCCAUCAAGUCCUUGGAAGAUAUACAGGUUGCCUUCAAUAACCUGUCGAAGCCACUUAGUAACAACACCGAGCUCAACAAUUUCCUACGCGCCAACUUUGCCCAAGCAGGCAACGAGCUUAAAGAAGUCCCCAAGGACCAAUUGCAAACGGAUCCGAAGUUUCUCGAAAAGAUUAACGACACUGUGAUCAAGGAGUUCUCGAAAAAGGUCAUUGACAUUUGGCCGGAUCUCACUCGCACCUACGCAGGAUCGGGCGGCAACACUUCGUUUCCCAACAGCUUCAUACCGGUAAACCGAACAUUUGUCGUCGCUGGGGGACGAUUCCGGAUCGUCGAGGGCCUACUGCGGACCGGCGGUACCUUCACCGAAAUCUCCAAGAACACCGUUGAAAACUUUCUCGACUUUGUGGACAAGUUCGGAUUUGUGCCUAAUGGAGCGCGAAUCUACUACUUGAAUCGCUCACAGCCGCCGUUGCUGGCGCAGAUGGUGCGUCUCUACGUGGAGUACACCAACGACAGGAGCAUUCUCGACCGGGCAGUUCCGCUUUUGAUCAAAGAGCAUGAUUUCUGGACUACCAACCGAACUGUUGAAGUCGAAAAGAAUGGGAAUACCCAUCGUCUGAACCAGUACAAGGUGACCAAUACGCAACCUCGCCCCGAGUCAUACCGAGAAGAUUACACCACCGCUUCAAACAGCUCAUAUUACUCAACAAGCGGUAUUAUCUACCCAGAGGUGGGGGGGUCGUUGAACGAGACCGAAAAGGCUCGUGUGUACGCCAACUUGGCGUCCGGCGCUGAGAGUGGCUGGGACUACAGUUCUCGCUGGAUUGCUAGACCCGAGGAUGCGACGAGGGACUCUUACUUCCCUCUGAGAUCUUUGAACAUUCUUAACACCGUGCCAGUGGAGCUCAAUGCCAUCCUGUACUGGAAUGAGAUGACCAUUGCCGCUUUCCUGAACUCAACAGGCAACAGUACUGGAGCAGCCGCUUGGACUCAGCUGGCCGAUAAACGCAGCCAGGCAAUGUUCGACCUGAUGUGGAACUCGACCUUGUGCAGCUAUUUUGACUACAACGUCACUUCAGGUGCUCAAAACAUUUACAUUCCCGAGGACGAUGACGCCAGCAACGUCGAGACAAACACAGCCGGGUCAGGACAGCAAGUCGUCUUUUCAGUUGCUCAGUUCUAUCCCUUCUGGACCGGAGCAGCACCGGCUCAUCUCAAGAAUAACCCUUAUCUUGUAAAGCAAGCAUACGAGCGCGUGGAGAAGUAUCUGGACAUUAAGAAGGGUGGCAUCCCGGCCACGAACCUCAAGACCGGACAACAGUGGGAUCAACCGAAUGUCUGGCCACCACUGAUGCACAUCCUCAUGGAAGGCUUACGCAAAACGCCCGCCACUUUUGGCGAAUCAGACCCCGCAUGGCGCGACGUUCAAAACCUUGCGCUUCGCCUCGGACAACGUUAUCUAGACUCAACCUUCUGCACAUGGUAUGCGACAGGAGGUUCCACGAGCGAGACCCCCCAAUUACAGGGUCUGUCCGCCGAGAACGUUGGUACCAUGUUUGAGAAGUAUGGCGACAACGCGACCAACGUUGUCGGAGGCGGAGGGGAAUAUGAGGUUGUUGAAGGCUUCGGCUGGACGAAUGGCGUCCUGCUCUGGACUGUUGAUGUUUUUGGAAACGACUUGAAGAGGCCAGACUGUGGAAACAUCACAGCGGCCAACGUUCACCCCGGAAAGAGGAGCUUGCCCCAACACGCUGUUGAACUGGCCUACUAUGAUGCAGCCUGGACUAAGAAAUUCGGCAGGCGUGCCUUAGAGGCUAAGGAGAAGUUGUGA